ACGCUGUGCCCCCACCCCUUUUCAAUAUGGCUGCCGUAUCUACUCUCUCCAGUAACGCUCCGAUUGGAGAUUGACUCGACUCUGUAUCUUAAUGCCUUUUACUUUUUGACUUUAUCAACGAUAUUUAGUAUCAAAUGCAAUCUGAAUCAAUUACUCUCCCUUAAUUGAUUUAAUGCAUUAGCAAAUCUUCACUAACCACUACAUCGGGCCUUUCCCCAAAACAACCAGGUGCCAACAAUUCGUAUCCAUCAACAAUUUCCAAUGGUUUGACUACACUUUUCCUUUGUUAUUUUUUUAAUGAACAAUGUGUGAAAACUGCGCCGAGCUGGUGGAGGUUUUAAAUGAAAUAUCGGAUGCAGACAGCACUGAGGGCCUACAGCUGAAGAAGGAGCAUGCUUUACGAGUCUUCAGCUACAUCAGCUCAUGGACCCAGAGGCAAUGUCUAUGCUGCUUCAAGGAGUACAAGCACCUGGAGGUGUUCAACCAGCUGGUCUACGCCCUCAUCAACCUGGUCAUUGCUCAGGUCACCAGCCUGAGAGACCGCCUCUGCAGCGCCACCAGCCAACUGGGCGUCACCGACGACGGGGCCGCAGGUGGCGCGGAGGGGCCAGGGACAGAAUGGCGAGGAGAGGGAGGGGGUGGAAUAACUGGAGCAGGGCCACACCCCCAGCAACCGCCCACCUCGCCUGUUGAGGACGAGCCGCUGAACGUGGAGAGGGACUCGGCAGAGGAGGACGGCGUCGGGGACGCACCGGAGCAGAACCAGAAUAACAACAACCAGAACCCAGUCCAGGCCCAGCAGGAGGCCCCCAAGCCAGGGGAAAGUGGUAGUGGUAUUGGGGCGUCUGAGGCUGUAGCUAGCAGCAGUACGGACUGCCAGGCCCACGAGGACAUGUUUGACUCGUGGAGCACCGAGGACCGGGAGAAGCUGCUGCUCUGUGCCGCCAAGAUCUUCCAGAUUCAGUUCCCCCUGUACACGGCUUACAAACACAACACCCACCCCACCAUAGAGGACAUCUCGGCUCAUGAAAGCAAUAUCCUCGGCUCCUUCUGCGACAUGAAUGAUGUGGAGGUCCCCUUGCACUUGCUGCGCUACGUGUGCCUGUUCUGUGGCAAGCAUGGCCUGUCGCUCAUGAAGGACUGCUUUGAGUCAGGCACGCCAGAGAGCUUGCCCUUCCCCAUCGCCCACGCCUUCAUCACCAUCGUCUCCAAUAUCCGAAUAUGGUUGCACAUUCCCGCCGUUAUGCAGCACAUCAUACCGUUCCGCACGUAUGUAAUACGGUACCUGUGCAAGCUGUCGGACCAGGAGCUCCGUCAGAGCGCGGCACGCAACAUGGCCGACCUGAUGUGGAGCACGGUGAAGGAGCCUCUGGACAGCGCACUGUGCUUCGACAAGGAGAGCCUGGACCUGGCCUUCAAAUACUUCAUGUCCCCCACGCUCACCAUGAGGCUGGCCGGCCUCAGCCAAAUCACUAAUCAGCUACACACCUUCAACGACGUCUGUAAUAAUGAGUCUCUGGUAUCCGACACCGAAACGUCAAUAGCAAAGGAACUAGCUGACUGGCUAAUCAACAACAAUGUGGUGGAGCAUAUAUUUGGGCCAAAUUUGCAUAUUGAGAUAAUUAAACAGUGCCAAGUGAUCCUGAACUUCCUUGCCGCAGAGGGCAGGCUCAGCACCCAGCAUGUGGACUGCAUCUGGGCCGCAGCUCAGCUGAAGCACUGUAGCCGUUACAUCCACGACCUGUUCCCCUCGCUCAUCAAGAACCUGGACCCGGUGCCGCUGCGCCAUGUCCUCAACCUGGUGUCCGGCCUGCACCCCAGCGCACACACGGAACAGACCCUGUACCUGGCCUCCAUGCUGAUCAAGGCUCUGUGGAACAACGCACUGUCCGCUAAGGCACAGCUCUCCAAGCAGAGCUCCUUCGCCUCGCUGCUCAACACCAACGUCCCCAUGGGCAACAAGAAAGGCUCCCCAGCGGCCAGCCCGGACAGCAGUGACAACAGUGACACACACCACAGCGGCGGUAGCGACAUGGAGAUGGACGAGCAGAUGAUGGGCAGCAGCAAGCGGGGCCAGCAGAGACUCUCUGACACGGAGGAGUCGAUGCAGGGCAGCUCGGACGAGACGGCCAACAGCAUGGAGGAGGGCAGCAGCGGGCCGGGCAGCAGCAGUGGCCACAGCGAGGGCUCCAGCAACGAGGCGGGCUCUAGCCGUGCAAGCCAGUCGGCGGGAAGCCCCGGCAGCGAGCUGCACUCUGACGACAUGGCCGACAGCGAGAUCCUCAAGGAGGAAGAGGAUGAGGAGGAAGAUGACGAAGAUGAUGACGAAGAUGAUGACGAUGAAGAGGACGAAGAGGGGAACAACCGGGAUGUAGCGGCCGAGGGCAGCCCGCAGAAGGAGCCCCGGGACCAGCUGGAAGUCAGGAAGCGGAAAGCGGGCGAGGCGCUGGUGGAGGAGCAGGGCGACAGAGCCGAAAGAGGAGGGGCAGGAGACGGACCAAAACACAAAGGUUUGCCCUUUAACCCUGAAGCAGCCGUCGGCAUGGUAACGGCGUCGAUGGAGGGCCGCAUGAGGAUGCUGGACGCCUGCUCGACCCGGCCUGAGGGGCCCGAACAACAACAUUCAGAGAUGGGAGGCCCCUCAUCCCAAAUGGCCCCGGGCCCCCAGGAGCAGACCUGCCUGCCCUGCCCCGGGGACUUUCUGGGGGACGCCAUGGGCAACGAGCUUUUCAACUGCCGACACUUCAUCGGGCCCCACCAUCACCACCACCACGAAGGGCACAUGGUGGACGACAUGCUGAGCGCAGACGACGUGUCCUGCAGCAGCUCCCAGAUCAGCGCCAAGUCGGAGAAGAACAUGGCCGACUUUGACGGUGAGGAGUCUGGCUGUGAGGAGGAGCUGGUGCAGAUCAACUCGCACGCCGAGCUCAGCUCCCACUUGCAGCAGCACCUGCCCAACCUGGCCUCUAUCUACCAUGAGCACAUGGUGCAAGGCCCGCAGGUCCACAAGCACCAGUACUCUGGCCACGCCGUGACUGACAUCAACCUGGACAACGUGUGCAAGAAGGGCAACACGCUGCUUUGGGACCUGGUGCAAGAUGAGGAUGCGAUCCACCUGUCCGAGGGACUGAUCAACGAGGCGGAGAAGCUGCUGUGCUCUCUGGUGUGCUGGUUCACCGACCGUCAGAUCCGCAUGCGGUUCAUCGAGGGCUGCCUGGAGAACCUAGCCCACCACAGAUCCGUGGUCGUCUCUCUGCGCCUCCUUCCCAAACUUUUCGGCACUUUUCAGCAGUUUGGCUCCAGCUACGACACCCACUGGAUCACCAUGUGGGCGGAGAAGGAGCUGCACAUGAUGAAGCUGUUCUUUGAGAACCUGCUGCACUACAUCCAGGAAGUCCGAGAGCAGAGGCACAAGUUUGCCCUGUAUGGCCACAGUGCAGAAGUCCAAGUACGCUUGCAGUUCCUGACCUGUGUCUUCUCCACACUUGGCUCCCCAGACCACUUCAGACUGAGUCUAGAGCAGGUUGACAUCCUGUGGCACUGCCUGGUGGAGGACGGAGAGUGUUACGACGAUGCGCUCCACUGGUUCCUCAACCAGGUCCGCAGCAAAGACCAGCACGCCAUGGGCAUGGAGACCUACAAACACCUCUUCCUGGAAAAGAUGCCCCAGCUGAAGCCGGAGACCAUCAGCAUGACAGGCCUCAACCUCUUCCAGCAUCUCUGUAACCUGGCCCGUCUGGCCACCAGCGCCUACGACAGCGGCUCCAACUGCGAGCUGUGUGGCAUGGACCAGCUGUGGGGUAUUGCCCUCAGGGCCCAGUCUGCAGACAUCAGCCGCGCUGCCAUCCAGUACAUCAACUCCUACUACAUCAACGCUGGUAAGACGGGCCUGGAGAAGGAGCAGGAGUUCAUCAGUAAGUGCAUGGAGAGCCUGAUGAUGACCUCGGCCAACCUGGAGAAGGACGCCCACUCCAGCCUCACCGUCAUCGAGAGGGGCCUGCUCAUGCUCAAGACCCACCUGGAGGCCUUCCGACGCAGGUUUGCGUACCACCUGCGUCAGUGGCAGAUCGAGGGCACGGGCAUCAGCAGCCACCUGAAGGCGCUGAGCGACAAGCAGUCUCUGCCACUGAGGAUCGUGUGCCAGCCCGCCGGCCUGCCCGACAAGGUACCCAAGAAAGUACCCAGCAUCUUGAUGACCAUCGAGAUGUACCCCAGUGACCAGGUGGCAGACCUGCGGGCUGAGGUGACCCACUGGUACGAGAACCUGCAGAAGGAGCAGAUGAACCAACAGGCCCAGCUGCAGGAGUUUGGACAGAGCAGCCGCCAGGGGGACUUCCCAGGUGGUUUGAUGGGUCCGGUCAGAAUGAUCUCCUCUGGCCAUGAGCUCACCACGGACUACGAUGAGAAGACCUUGCAUGAGCUGGGCUUCAAAGACAUGCAGAUGGUGUUUGUCUCGCUGGGCGCCCCACGGCGGGAGCGUAAGGGCGAGGGGGUGCAGCUCCCGGCCUCGUGUCUCCCCCCGCCCCAGAAGGAGCACAUCCCCAUGCUACUGCUGCUCCAGGAGCCCCACCUCACCACCCUGUUCGACCUGCUGGAGAUGCUGGCUUGCUUCAAACCCCCCAGUGCCCUGGGAGACAGCCCCGAGAACCUACGAUGUGAGGAGCUGCACCUCCAUGCUGAGAACCUGUCGAGGCGCGUCUGGGAGCUGCUCAUGCUGCUGCCCACCUGCCCCAACAUGCUGCUGGCCUUCCAGAACAUCGCCGAUGACACGGGAGGCGAGGGUCUGUGCUGGAAGGACCUGCUGAGGAUCAAGAGCCCCCACAAGCUUCUGUACGCCCUGGAGAUCAUUGAGGCCCUGGGCAAGCCCAACCGACGCAUCCACCGGGAAUCCACGGGGAGCUACAGUGACCUGUACCCGGACUCUGACGACUCCAGCGAGGACCAGAUAGAGAACAGUAAGAACUCCUGGAGCUGCAAGUUUGUGUCGUCUGGAGGGCUUCAGUUGCUGUUGGAGAUCUUCAACUCUGCCAUUCUGGAGCCCAAAGACCAGGAGUCUUGGACAGUGUGGUUGUUGGACUGCCUGGCUUGCCUGCUUAAGCUCAUCUGCCAGUUUGCGGUGGACCCGGCCGACCUGGACCUGGCCUACCCUGACGUCUUCUCCUGGUCGGGCCUCACCGACAGCCAGCGCAAAAGGGCCUGGCCUGGCAAGUCCCGCAAGUCCGCCGGCGACCACGGCAAGGGCCUGCACAUCCCCCGCCUCACGGAGGUCUUCCUAGGCCUUGUCCAAGGCACCAACCUGAUCCAGCGCUUGAUCAACGUGGCCUACACCUACGACAACCUAGCACACAGAGUUUUGAAGGCCCAGUCAGACCACCGGUCCCGUCAUGAAGUGACCCACUACUCCAUGUGGCUGCUGGUGAGCUGGGCCCACUGCUGCUCUACGGUCAAGUCCAGUCUGGCCGACAGCGACCACCUCCAUGACUGGCUCAAGAAGCUCACCCUGCUGGUGCCGGAGACGGCGGUGCGUCACGAGGCGUGUAACGGCCUGUACAAGCUGUCCCUGUCUGGUCUGGACGGAGGAGAGUCCAUCAACAGGUCCUUCCUGCUGCUGGCCGCCUCCACGCUGCUUAAGUUCCUCCCCGAUGCACAGGCCCUCAAACCACUGCGGGUGGAGGACUAUGAAGAGGAGCCCGUGCUGAGGACGGGCUGUAAGGAGUACUUCUGGCUGCUGUGCAAGCUCAUCGACAACAUCCACGUCAAAGACGCCAGCCAAACCACUCUGUUGGACCUGGAUGCUUUAGCCAGACACCUGGCCGACUGCAUCCGGAGCCGUGAGAUCCUGGACCAGCAGGACGGUGCGAUCGAGGACGACGGUCUCACUGGCCUCCUGCGCCUAGCCACCAGUGUCCUCAAACACAAGCCCCCCUUCAAGUUCUCCCGCGAGGGCCAGGAGUUUCUGCGCGACGUCCACAACCUGCUCUUCCUCCUUCCCAGCCUGGCCGACCGCGCCCAGCCCAAGUGCAAGUCGCAUGCGGCCCGCGCCGCCGCCUACGACCUCCUGGUGGAGACGGUGAAGGGCUCGGUGGAGAACUACAGGCUGCUUCACAACUGGGUCAUGUCCCAGCACAUGCAGACCUCUCAUGCCCCGUACAAGUGGGACUACUGGCCCCACGAUGACGUGCGUGCCGAGUGUCGCUUCGUGGGCCUCACUAACCUGGGGGCCACCUGCUACCUGGCCUCCACUAUCCAACAGCUCUACAUGAUCCCUGAGGCACGCCAGGCUGUCUUCACUGCUAAGUACGCAGAGGAGAUUAAGCACAAGACCACCUUACUGGAGCUCCAGAAGAUGUUCACCUAUCUCAUGGAGAGCGAGAGGAAGGCGUACAACCCCCGUCCGUUCUGUAAGACCUACACCAUGGACAAGCAGCCCCUGAACACGGGCGAGCAGAAGGACAUGACCGAGUUCUUCACCGACCUCAUCACCAAGAUAGAGGAGAUGUCCCAGGACCUGAAAAACACAGUGAAGACUCUCUUUGGAGGGGUCAUCACCAACAAUGUGGUCUCGCUGGACUGUGACCACGUGAGUCAGACAGCCGAGGAGUUCUACACAGUCCGGUGCCAGGUGGCCGACAUGAAGAACAUCUACGAAUCUCUGGACGAGGUGACCAUCAAGGACACACUGGAGGGGGACAACAUGUACACCUGCUCCCAGUGUGGCAAGAAAGUACGCGCCGAGAAGAGGGCCUGCUUCAAGAAGCUUCCUCGCAUCCUGAGCUUCAACACCAUGCGCUACACCUUCAACAUGGUCACCAUGAUGAAGGAGAAGGUCAACACGCACUUCUCCUUCCCCCUGCGCCUCGACAUGACCCCCUACACUGAGGACUUCCUCAUGGCCAAGGGCGACAGGAAAGAGGGUUUCCGGGAGGAGGGUGGGGCUAAGGUGGCGGAGAGCUACGAGUACGACCUAAUCGGCGUCACGGUGCACACAGGCACGGCAGACGGCGGCCAUUACUACAGUUUCAUCCGAGACAUCGUCAACCCGCACGCCUACAAGAAUAACAAAUGGUACCUUUUCAACGAUGCCGAGGUGAAGCCGUUUGAUUCAGCCCAGCUAGCCUCCGAGUGCUUCGGUGGCGAGAUGACGACAAAAACAUACGACUCGGUCACCGACAAGUUCAUGGACUUCUCCUUUGAGAAGACCCACAGUGCCUACAUGCUUUUCUACAAGAGAGUGGAGCUCGAGGAGGAAAAUGGCAAAGACUUCAACUUCGACGUUUCUCCAGAUCUACUCGAGUGGAUUUGGCAAGACAACAUGCAGUUUCUCCAGGACAAGAACAUUUUCGAGCACACGUACUUUGGGUUCAUGUGGCAGCUUUGCAGCAGCAUCCCUAGCACUUUACCAGACCCCAAAGCUAUCUCCCUCAUGACUGCCAAGCUUAGCACGUCAUUUGUCCUGGAGACGUUCAUUCACUCUAAGGAAAAGCCCACGAUGUUGCAGUGGAUCGAGCUCCUGACCAAACAAUUCAACAACAGCCAGGCGGCCUGCGAGUGGUUUUUGGACCGCAUGGCUGAUGACAACUGGUGGCCCAUGCAGAUCCUCAUCAAGUGCCCCAAUCAGAUUGUUCGACAGAUGUUUCAGAGGCUGUGUAUCCAUGUCAUCCAGAGGCUGCGGCCAGUCCACGCCCACCUCUACCUACAACCUGGCAUGGAGGACGGGUCUGACGACAUGGACGGGCCGGUGGAGGACAUCGGCAGCCGCUCGUGCGUGACGCGCUUCGUCAAGACGCUGCUGUCCAUCAUGGAGCAUGGCGUCAAGCCCCACAGCAAACACCUGACCGAGUACUUCGCCUUCCUCUACGAGUUCGCCAAGAUGGGAGAGGAGGAGAGUCAGUUCCUUCUGUCCCUACAAGCCAUUUCUAUCAUGGUGCACUUCUACAUGGGCACCAAGGGGCCUGAGAACCCCCAGGUGGAGGUGCUGUCUGAGGAGGAGGGCGAAGAGGAGGACGAGGAGGAGGACAUCUUGUCCCUGGCGGAAGAGAAGUACCGCCCGGCCGCCUUGGAGAAGAUGAUAGCUCUCAUCGCCCUGCUGGUGGAACAGUCCCGCUCUGAGAGACACCUGACUCUGUCCCAGAGUGACAUGGCAGCCCUGACCGGGGGGAAAGGCUUCCCCUUCCUCUUCCAGCACAUCCGAGACGGCAUCAACAUCAGGCAGACCUGCAACCUCAUCUUCAGCCUGUGUCGCUACAACAACCGCCUGGCCGAGCACAUUGUAUCCAUGCUCUUCACCUCUAUCGCUAAACUGACGCCUGAGGUAAGCACUGAUGCGGCAAACCCUUUCUUCAAGCUGCUCACCAUGCUGAUGGAGCUGUCAGGUGGUCCUCCAGGCAUGCCUUCCUUCGCCUCAUACAUAUUACAGAGGAUCUGGGAGGUGAUAGAGUACAACCCUAGCCAGUGUCUGGACUGGUUGGCGGUGCAGACCCCCAGGAACAAGCUGGCUCACAGCUGGGUGCUGCAGAACAUGGAAAACUGGGUGGAGCGCUUUCUACUGGCCCACAACUACCCCCGUGUCCGCACCUCGGCAGCCUACCUCCUGGUCUCCCUGAUUCCCAGCAACUCGUUCCGCCAGAUGUUCCGCUCCACGCGUUCCCUCCACAUCCCCACGCGGGACCUGCCCCUGUCCCCCGACACCACCGUGGUGCUCCACCAGGUGUACAACCUGCUUCUGGGCCUGCUGGGCCGGGCCAAGCUCUACGUGGACGCGGCGGUACAUGGGACCACCAAGCUGGUGCAGUACUUCAGCUUCAUGACCUACUGCCUCAUCUCCAAGACGGAGAAGCUCAUGUUCUCUGGUUACUUCAUGGACCUGUGGAACCUCUUCCAGCCCAAGCUGUCUGAACCAGCCAUCGCCACGAACCACAACAAGCAGGCCCUGCUCUCUUUCUGGCACAACGUGUGUAUGGAGUGUCCCGAGAACGUCCGGCUGGUCGUCCAGAACCCCGUGGUCACUAAGAACAUCGCCUUCAACUACAUCCUGGCCGACCACGACGACCAGGAGGUGGUGCUGUUCAACCGGGGAAUGCUGCCUGCGUACUACGGCAUCCUGAGGAUGUGCUGCGAGCAGUCGCCCGCCUUCACCCGCCAGCUGGCCUCGCACCAGAACAUCCAGUGGGCCUUCAAGAACCUGACGCCGCACGCCAGCCAGUACCCAGGGGCGGUGGAGGAGCUGUUCAACCUGAUGCAGCUGUUUGUGGCCCAGCGGUCGGACAUGAGGGAGGAGGAGGUGGAGGACGUCAAGCAGUUUAAGAAGACCACCAUCAGCUGCUACCUCCGCUGUCUGGACGGACGCUCCUGCUGGACCACACUCAUCAGUGCCUUCCGUGUGUUAUUGGAGAACGAUGAGGACCGACUGCUGGUGGUCUUCAACAGAGGACUCAUCCUCAUGACAGAGUCGUUCAACACCCUGCACAUGAUGUACCACGAGGCCACAGCGUGUCAUGUGACGGGGGACCUGGUGGAGCUGCUGUCCAUCUUCCUGUCGGUACUCAAGGCCACGCGGCCCUAUCUGCAGCGCAAAGAUGUGAAGCAGGCUCUUAUCCAGUGGCAGGAGAGGAUUGACUUUGCCCACAAGCUGCUCACCCUCCUCAACUCCUACAGCCCCCCGGAGCUCCGCAACGCCUGCCUGGAUGUUCUGAAGGAGCUGGUCCUGUUGAGUCCCCAUGACUUCCUGCACACGCUGGUGCCCUUCCUGCAGCACAACCACUGCACCUACCACCACAGCAACAUCCCUAUGUCCUUUGGGCCUUACCUGCCCUGCAGAGAGAACAUCAAGUUGAUGGGAGGCAAGAACAACAUCCGGCCUCCCAGACCUGAACUCAAUAUGUGCCUCCUGCCUUCCAUGGUGGAGACCAGCAAGGGUAAAGAUGAGGUGUAUGACCGGAUGCUCCAAGACUACUUUCUGUCCUACCACCAGUUCAUCCACCUGCUGUGUCGAGUCGCCAUCAACUGCGAGAAGUUCACAGAGACCCUUGUCAAACUGAGUGUCCUGAUAGCGUACGAGGGCUUGCCUCUGCACUUGGCCCUCUUCCCCAAGCUGUGGACGGAGCUUUGCCAGUCUCCGUCAACCCUGGCUAAGACGUGUGUGAAGCUUCUGUGCGAGGACCCGGCGUUCGGCGAGUACAUCAAGUGCAUCCUGAUGGAUGAGAGGACCUUCCUCAACAACAACAUGGCCUACUCCUUCCUCACCUGCUUCCUGCACAAGGUCCAGAGCCAGGUGCUGUCAGGCCCCAGCUGCGCCAACCUGAUUAGUCUGCUGGUGACCAACCUGCUGAACGAGUACCACAGCCUACAGCCCGAACUGGCCUCGCACCGCCUGGAGCUGAGCAAGACCAGCGGCCUUCUCAACGCUGACCUGCGAGCGUUGGCGUUGAUGUUGUCCAUACACACCCCCCAGGCGCUGGACCCGGCUCUGGGUCCGGCCCUGCAGGAGUUGCUGUCCAAGUGUAGCGCCUGUGUGCAGCAACGCAGCGCGCUCGAACAGGAGGCCAAGGACCGCAAGGCCAAAGCGGAGGAAGAGGGCGCCACCCCAGUGAAGCGCCGGCGGAUGAGUAGCGACGACGGCCCCGGGGAGGGCACCAGCGCCGGCACCAGCACCGGGGGUGUGACCGUUUCCGGACCCACCUGCACCUCCUCCCUCCCCCCAUGUGUCGAGCUGAAGCCGGAGCACCAGGAGGCACUGACUCCCACCAGCACCUCGGACACAGAGACGAGAGACUCCUCGUCCCUCAUCGACCCGGGAACCGAGCACGACCCGCCCUCACCGGAUCCUACCGCUGCCACCAUUUGCAGCCAACCCCCAGGGGACGCCUCCCCCAAGGAGGAGAAGAUGGAGGCUUCCUCUUCCUCGUCAUCCUCAUCAUCAUCCUCUUCCUCCCUCCCGGAGACGGGAGAGUUGUCGUAUGGCGGCAGCGGACAGGGAGGGGAGGAGCCGCAGUCGUCUCAGACUCAGCAGGCAGCCAUGGCAGGAGCAGAGGAGCAAGAGCGGAGGGAAGCAACGGCUGCAAUGGAUGAGACAAAGGAGGAGCGGGAGACGGGCUCUAAGACUUGCGGAGGCUCGGCCACCCUGGCCUCGGAGGACCUGGCCUUCCCAUCUGCCCUGGGGCUAGCAGAAGAGGGGCCAGAGGUCCCAGGGUGCAGUAGCCACGCCCCCUCGCAGGCUCUGACAAACUCGGCCCCGCCUCCGGACACGCUGGAAAUGCUCUACAGGACAGUGGAGGCCACUAUCGCCGUGGUUACAAAACUAUCUGGGAAAGGGCCCUGCUCCGCCUCCUCGUGACAUCAUCAUUAUUACUGUCAGCACCACGAGCCCUUUUAAUAUCUUUUUUUUGUCUGUUAUUCCUUUUCUCUAAAUGAAUUAUGCGCUUUCGUUUAACACUUUUCUUUCCCUGUUUUCAUCCUUUCGUUUGUCGUUUCCCUUUUCUGUGUGUGUUGCGUUGGCCUCUGCUGAUGUGCUUCUAUCGAUUGGCUCUUGUGCUUCGGUAUGUCACGUGAUCCCUCCUCUCCGGCUUCUAUAUCCGGCUUCAAUGACAGAAGAAGGCGCUAGACGGCAUGCUCCCAGAUGACUAUAAACAUGCACAGCCGCCGAUCCAGUGGACGAAAAAGAUCGUUAUAAAAAGACUAUAGCACAUUUUUUCUAAGGUCAAAUAGGUUUUUAUUUUGACUGAUUUCAGUUAUUUUUGAAGUGAUUUAUUUGUUUGGUUGCUGUAACGGGGAAAGGUUUACAGAAAUUUUAGUCUCUUCUGUAUGCAAUUUAAUUUGAUUGCAUUUUUACUCUGUAUAAAAUGGUGUACUCUGUGUGUGUGCCAGUUUUGUACUUUAUGAAAGAGGCAAAGGUCCCUUGCUUUUUUUCCGUGGUUGAUAUCCAAACUAAGUUUACCUGUACAUUAAAAAAGAACCACAAGAAACUUGAUUCUGUAAAGAAUCUUCUCUAGUUGUUGCCUGGCGGUGUAUAUGAAAACUAUAUAUAUAUAUAUAUAACUUUAUAUAUAUAUAAUGGUGCUUUAUUUGACACGAUAUCUGUGGGUGAAAUAAAGCAGACUUGGUGUGACAGUUGGAGCUUUAUUUUAUUUACUGAAAAUACAUUCCAUAUUGUCCUUCUUGCUUCUGGUUUUAUUUCUUCUUCUUUUUAUUUCUUUCAAUAUAGGAUAAAUUAAUACAUUGUAAUAUGAAUAAUUAUGAACUUAAAACUACAAUGAGCUAUGAUCUGUUUUUCUAUGUAACAUCGUCAAACAUCCUGGAGUAAAUCAGAUUGAUUUAGCAAUGUGAUUAACUUAUUGUUUUAAGGAUCCCCCAUUCAGCCUUUUAUUAUUUUUUAUUUAACCUUUAUUUAAUUAGGCAAGUCGGUUAAGAAGAAAUUCUUAUUUACGAUGAUGGCCUAGGAACAGUGGGUUUAACUGGUCUAGGAACAGUGGGCUUAACUGCCUUGUUCAGGGGAAGAACAACAGAUAUUUACCUUGUCAGCUUGGGGAUUCGAUCUAGUAACCUUUCGGUUACUGGCCCAACGCUCUAAUCACUCGGCUACCUGCCGCCCCAAGCCUUCACCACGGUCGUAAGGUUUACUAGAAUGUUUCCAGACAUAUUAUUCCACUAUGCUUUACACUGCUGUGAAGAACCACAAUUUUAAUUGAACCUUGUCUUUAUCAAAUCAAAUGUAUCCCAUUUAGAUGGAGUAUGUUUUCAAGAGAAACCUGGUCCUUAGACUGCAGCAGUUUUGAGAAAGGUAUUUGGGGAGACUGCGACACAAAAUGGCCGCUAAUUAUUAGCUCUGCUCUGAUCUUUUUUUUUUUUUUUUUUUUUUUUUUUACAACGUCUGGUUUUACUUUACACCUUAACAAUCUGUCUGACUGGGUCAUAUGUUGUGAUGGUGCACACCCCAAUGCUAGAUCAGUGUUUUGAAACAGAUAGUCUUGAAACUGUCCCUUGAGAUGACAUGUGGUUACUUUGUUUCCCAAUCCUGGUCUUGAGAGACCAGUGUGUGCUGGUAUUUUAUCAUAACCAUCCUCUGUUUAAAUUUGUGUUUUGUUACAGGGUACUGAAGACCAGUUUACACAGGGACCCUUCAGGCAGGUGUGUAACUUGCGGCGCAACGGGUCAAUUUGAACCUCCCAAUAAUAUGCCAUGUUUAGUUUGAUUUCCCACUGUAAAGCGCCAAGAACCUACAGGCUUUCUGGCUUUGCACCACAGAAUCAGUUCCUCAUUUUAUGAUCGUAUCUCCCCACUGCCAAAUAUGCUUUGGGCUGCACCCGGUCCAAGGGAGGUCGGCCCAUGAUAAGCGUAGAAAUGCGCACAAUGCAGUAUAGGCUACACUCGAAUGUUCCAAAAUGCAAUUGGCGGGAGCCGUUCUAAAAAAGCGCACCGAAUGUCAGUGGUUUUAUGUGACCGAGAUGAGCAUUUAGAAAGAGGGGAGAUCUAAAGAUGCAACAGCUAGCAUGGGUUGUUAAUAUAACUAGGAUUGUCUUGGGCUGCUGGACUACAAAUUAAAGUUGAUAGAAACCUGCUAGAAAUGCUGGUUUCUGUGGCAUAAGGAACUGUUUAUAAAAUCAUUCCCUCAAUAUUUUAUGGUCUGAUUUUUGCUAGGCUACUUUGGAACCAGGUAAGACCUCAAAAUGACAUACAACUUCCAGGUUUUAAACAAUUACGUUUAUGGUGAAAUUGUUUUAAAAUGCUGAUUGCCUCCGUUAAGAUUUCACGGUGGUUGAUGUUGUGGUGCGCAACAUGCACAGGCCUGUCUCGCAGCUCUUGUGACCAUUUUGUUCUGAACGAACCGUGCCUUGAGUAUGUAAACAGUUCAGUAUCUUACAUUAUAUUUGUCAAACAUGA